AUGACUGAGGUCGGGCACGCCGAUUUAUCGCGGCUGCUUCAAUCCAAGCGCAGUGAGUGCAAUGCAAUUGUGACCUCGCGCAAGAGGAAGCUUCGCGAACUCUUCGCCGUCGCGACACAGACCCAGCCGCUCCCCGACGCGCCCAUCGCCACCUCGGCUGAGUGGCAGUUCUUGCACAAAAAUGAUAUUCUGCACGAGAAAGUCUUCGAGGAAGCGAGCAUCCCACCACGACCUCAGCAAUCUGUCGAAGCCUUGAAACGAUCCAUCUCUGCUCUGCUCGCCGCCGGCAGCUCCCCGGUCAACUCUCCAGCGGCAACGACGCCGGCAACCUCCCGCUCGACACCCUCGGCGCGAUCAACACCGGGUGUGCAAAGCCCGGCCAACAGCCAAAAUAUACCAGCACCAUCCCAUGCGACACAGCCAUCUCCCAUAGCGCUCCCCGCGCGCUCGCAGCACCCGACGCAUCAUCCCAAUGAUGCUUCGAGACGGCCAGGCCAGGUUUCGUUCCCCCCAGGCACCAAAGGAUCGCCGUCUUCAACACCAAUACCCGUUCCGAAUGGCGUCACUGCGGUUACUCCGACGACUGAUGGUUCGUUGAGCAUCAAGCUGCCCCAUGAUGCGGCAAAGGUUGCUGAUGCCAUGUCCUCACCCGGAUCGACAGCAGCCAGCGCGACAACGACUGCGGCUCAUGACAUUUCCGCCAACACCAGCCCUGAUCACGAAGGUCCUCGGUCGCCCGAAGCCGUACAACAACCCGUGCAAGUCGCGCCCAAACUGGAGACGAAACCAAACGUCGCUGUUCAAAAACCGCAAACGUCCGACGAAGACCAGUUGCUACAAGAGUCUAUUCGAUCUGCUGCCGCCUCUGGCUCAGAAGAUGAAGCGCCCUCAGCAACCUCACCCGCCUCGAAGCCGCAGACUAGUACCUCCGAACCUCCUGCCACCGAGGUUCCUGACAGCCAAGAUGAAGCGGACAAGAUGGAUAUCGACGUCCCCGAGACGGCAAAGGAUUCAAUCAUCGUUAGGCCAGCGCCACCCCUGCUUACACCUCAGCCGACCAGCGAGAGUGUACCAGUCGAGCGCGCCGUCACGAGAGUGUCAUCGGGCGCUAUGAGACUCAAGUCUGUAAACGAAAUCGUCGGCGCUACCCCUCGUUCAGCCAUCGACCGCGGCACACCGAAAGACAUGGACGACCAGCUUACCCCAUCCGCUUCCGUUCCAGAGUCGCCAGCAGCAAAAUCAAAACCGCGCAAGGGCCACAAGGGACAAAUGUCUACCGUUUUAUUUGGCAAGCAGCCCAAGCGCGUCGAGGAAAAGGCUGUCGGCGCAGGUCAAAAGGAUCAGCUUCACCCCUUCGACGACUAUUAUACUCCGCUCUUCAUCCAAAACUUUACCGGCGCAACCAACUGGAUGCAACCCAUCGAAAAAAUCUUGUUCCACGCCAACAAGACGAUCGGUACUUCCGAUGCCAACAUCGCAAUCCUGGAUAAUCAGGCCUGCAAGGUGCUACGUAGGGUGUAUCAUCUGCAGCAGCAUGACAAGUGGUCUUUGCGACAGCCCAAGCGUUGCCCGGAGCCGACGCGACCUAGUUCGCAAUGGGAUGUGAUGCUUCAAGAGAUGAAAUGGAUGAGAACAGAUUUCAGAGAGGAGCGCAAGUGGAAGAUGACAGUCGCUCGCAAUCUAGCAUACGCCUGUCUCGAAUGGAUAGAAUCCAGUGCGGAAGAGCGACUUGCACUCCAGGUUGUCGCGCGCAUUCCUCCCAGGGUGGCUGAAGCCGCGCCACAAGAUACUCAGAGUGUCGGGGAAGGCAUGACCAGGGCAGAUAACCACCCUACGCCUGAUCUCGAGCCUUCGGGUGACGCCGACACACCUUUACACGAUGAUAUAUCAGAAGUUUUUGUGGAAACUGUUGCGCCGUCGGCCAUCUUUUCACUUCAGGAGGACGACGUCGUUUUUGGUCUUCGACGCACCCCAGCUGCCGACCUGCUGUUGGACGAACUGCCCAUGUAUGGCGCUCCUCUCAAGGUCCCACGUGCCGACACCGGAACCGCCGAAAUCGACCCUGAUGCACACUGGCGACGCCCUGCUCUGCCUUUAAGUAAGUACGUCGAAGGGGAGAUGCAGGUUACAAACCGAGGCCCACCACGCAAACGCAGCCGGUUCGACUACCACAAUGAAGACUCGGAUAACGAGGAUGACGCUGCCUUUGUUACCCAGCAAGCAGUCAACGUCGACAGAAAUCAGACCACGACGAGCGAUGUUGCCUUGUUUAACCCCGAAUCGAAGCCUAUUCGAGAUAGAUUGCACGCUGGCCACCAAUUCCGACCCCCCUCAGAGCAUCCCAUGCCCAUGCAGUCAUUUUACGAGUGCCGCAGUGCUUCUCAAUGGACACUUGCCGAGGACGAUGAGCUCAAGGGCCUCGUGCGCGAAUACUCUUACAACUGGUCAUUAAUAUCAAGCAUGCUUACUACCAGGUCCGCCUUUGUGUCGGGGCCAGAGCGACGCACUCCCUGGGAAUGUUUCGAGCGAUGGAUCAAUCUGGAGGGUCUGCCAUCUGAUAUGCAAAAGACACAGUACUUUAAGGCGUACAACUCGAGGAUCGAUGCCGCCCAACGAGUCAUUGCUCAGCAGAAUCAGAUUGCAGCACAGCAAGCUAGUGCCGCCGGUAAUAACGCUCCCCCUCUUCGCAGAAGACCGUCAGUCCCCGUCAGAGUCGAGCGACGACGGAACCAGAAGCAUCUCACCCUUAUCGACUGCAUGAGGAAACUCGCCAAGAAGAGAGAGACUGCGCAACAGAAGCAACAGCAAACGGCUUCGCAGAUUCCAGUCAAGAAGUCUAGCGACAUGCCUCCACAACGGCAAUUAAAAACACCGAGGGACUACAGUUUGUUGCGAUUUGAGCAUGACCAAGCUCUUGCAGACAAGAUGGCACAGUUCGCGGUUCGCCAAGAGGCCACUCGCAGGGCGCAGAUGGCGGCUCGGGCUCAAUCCCAAGUAGCCCAGCAAAUGGCCGGGGCCGCUCAAGGCACCCAGCCGAACCAAGGCGCCGCCCAGGCUGCGGCGGCGGCUGCAACUCAAGUUGGUGGGCAACGCGCGGAAGUUCCUCCCCACGUUGCGGCUGCGGCUGCUGCGGCUGCCGCAGGCCAACGUCCAAGAAUGCAGACGCAAGCUGGUGUCAACGGCGCGUCUCAAGUGACCCCUGGCAUGCCGUCGCCCGCGAUGGUGGCUGCGGCUGCUCAGCUGAAGGGUAUCACCGGCGCACAACUGCAGGCGGCUCUGCAAGCUCAGGCCCAGGCCCAGGCCCAGGCUCACAUUCAAGCCCAGGCUCAAGCCCAGCAACAGAGGAUGCCCAUGCCUAACCAGCAAGCGGAUGCGAAUCUCAUGUUGAGGGCGCAGCAAAUAUCCAAUCAGCAGCGGGCCGCCGUGCAAAUUCAACAACAGCAACAGGUUCAUCACCAGCAACCAAGGCCCAAUUCAGCGGUCCAGCAGAACGGACAGGCUUCUCCGCCAAUGACCAACGGUGCUAACGGCAUGCACAUGAAUGCUCAGGCUAUGAUGGCCGCCUAUAAUGCCAACAAUGCCAACAGAAACGGCGGUGGUACCGGUACCAUGCACAUGCCGAACGGCGUUGCCCACGCCAACACCAUGUCUCGGAUCCCAGCGCUGCCACCAAACAUUGCCCUACAGCUCAGUCAGCUGGAAGCCCAAUUUCGGGCAAAGAAUCCGAGCUUGACGCCUGAACAGUCGCGACAGCUUGCCACGGAACAUCUGACUAGGGCCAUGAUGGCGCAGCGGCAGUCAGCCCUGAACGCCGCUGCAGGCGUGUCGGUCCAGCCUGGCCUUGCCAAUAGCAUUGCCGCGACCACGAGCCCUCACCAGUACGCUGCCUUGCUUAGACAACAACAGCAGCAGCAAGCCGCAGCAGCGGCCGCGGCGGCACAAAGGCAGCAACAACAACAACCAAAUGGGCAACAGGGUCAGCAGGGUCAAGUGCAGCAGCAGCAGCAACAGCAGCAGCAGCAGCAGCAGCCGCCGCAUGCUCAGGGAGCACAGCUCUCUGGAAGCAACGCGGCCGGAAGCCCUAUCCCGCAGGCUGUUCACCAACGCCAGCCCAGUGGUAGUGCGACACCAUCUUCGACGGGCAACAACUGA